AUGGGGUGUUCGUGUUCUCCACUCGCCGCGUGCGUGGCCCUCGUUCUUCUGGCGGCCUCGUUGUUAGCGUGUCACCACAACGGGUGCGCGGCGGCGGCCGUGGCGGCGCCGACGACGCUGUCGACGGCGUCGCGGUGGGUGGUGGACGAGAGCGGGAGCCGGGUGAAGCUGGCGUGCGUGAACUGGCCGUCGCACCUGGAGCCGAUGCUGGCGGAAGGGCUGGGCAAGCGGCCCGUCGGCGCCAUCGCCGGGGACGUGGCCGCCAUGGGGUUCAACUGCGUCAGGUUCACGUGGCCCACGUUCCUGGUCACCAACGCCUCCUACUCCAGCCUCACCGUCGCGCAGUCCUUCCAGCGGCUCAACCUCACCGAGUCGCUCGCCGGCAUCAGGGUGAACAACCCUGGCGUCGUCGACCUCAAGCUCAUCGACGCCUUCAAGGCAAUGGUGACCAGCCUGGGCGAGCACAACGUGAUGGUGAUCCUGGACAACCACCUGAGCAAGCCCGGCUGGUGCUGCAGCAACACCGACGGCAACGGCUUCUUCGGCGACGCCUUAUUCGACCCGGACGUCUGGGUGGACGGCCUCACCAAGAUGGCCACCAUGUUCGCCGGCGUCCCCAACGUCGUCGGCAUGAGCCUUCGGAACGAGCUCAGGGGGGCCAGGCAGAACGCGAACGACUGGUACAAGUACAUGCAGCGCGGCGCGGAGGCGGUGCACGCGGCGAACCCACGCGUGCUGGUCAUCCUCUCGGGCCUCCAAUUCGACAACGACCUGGCCUUCCUCAACUCGCGGCCGGUGAACCUCAGCUUCACCGGGAAGGUGGCGUUCGAGGUGCACUGGUACAGCUUCUCCAACAGCCCCGAGUGGAGCUCGAGCAACGCCAACCAGGCGUGCGCGCGCAUCACGACCGGCAUCACCCGCCGCGCCUUCUACCUGCUCGACAAAGGCUGGCCCGUCAUCCUCGGCGAGUUCGGCGUCGACAACCGCGGCGUCAACACCAACGACAACCGCUACUACGGCUGCGCCGCCGCCACCGCGGCCGACCUGGACCUAGACUGGGCGCUUUGGGCGCUGCUGCGCAACGCCACCGCGCUGCGCAGGGUCCAGGCGCUCCAGCGGCCGCUCAGGGGCCCCGGCCUCGCGGAGGCGGCGCCGUACACCGUGCUGUUCCACCCGGUGUCCGGGAUGUGCGUGGUGGUGCGCCGCCGGUCGCCGACGCUGACGCAGCCCCUUGAGCUGGGCCUGGGCCCCUGCAACGAGACGGAGGCGUGGGAGUACAGCGCGCAGCAGCAGCGGCUGGCGCUGCGGGACACCGCGCUGCUGUGCCUCCGUGCCGAGGGCGCCGGCAGGCCCGCGACCCUCGGCGUGAGCUGCGGCGACGCGAUGGCGAAGUGGAGCCUCGUGUCUGACUCCAAGCUGCACGUCGCCGUCAACGCGACGUCGUUGGCCGGGAGCGACGGCAUGCUCUGCCUGGACGUGGGCGCGGACGGCCGGAGCGUGGUGACCAACCCGUGCCGGUGCCUGAGCGCGGACAACAGCUGCGACCCGCAGGGGCAGUGGUUCAAGCUCGUGAGCAGCACCAGGAGCGUGGCCACCAAGCCGACCAUGCUCGCGCAGCUGCCGCUCGAGCUCAAAAACUGGAAGAUCAGGUCGUUUUGA